GGAGCGACGGCAGCGAUCAAGAGCUUCCAGGCUGAGCACCUGCGAACAGCACCAAUUAAUGGAACCAACUACGGGAAUCCAAUAAUACCUAAUCUACUAUGAUAAUGCGCCCAUGGCCCGCUGGCGCAUGACACCGCGGCCAUGUACAACAUCGGAAGCCAGGCCAGGAUGCGCAAGUUCCUUGGGAGGCCAAUCGUCGAACCCUCUCAUGACCCCGGCGCCGGCGUUACGAGCUCCCCAAUAACCGCCCAAGCCUACCGGCCGAGCGCAUCGCAGAAUGCCGUCUAUGCUGCCGGCUCACCCAUCAAAUGUAUCGACAAGUCGCCCGACGGCAACUCGGCCCUUCUCGCGGGGCCGCACAUCUUGAAGACGGUCAAGCUCGAUGGCCUCAACGUGCGAGAGGGGCUUGACUUGCGCUCCCUGAUAACCGUCCAUCCGGCGAGCAAGAACGCGUCUGGAUCGUCGACAUCCGACCAGCUAUCCAUCAGGGACGCGAAGUGGGCUGCCGGGCAGAGCAAUCGUGGGAAUGCGACCAUCUUCACGGCGUGCACCAAUGGCAAGAUCUUCCAAUACGACCUAUCGCGGGCCGGAUCCGUUGCUGCGGGGGGUAUGGGUCUCGAGUUUGUGCAGGUACGCGAAGAUACCCGGCAGGUCAACGCCUUGGACGUCAACCCGCAUCGAGGGACGCUGUUGCUCUCGGGAAGCCAGGACGGCAUCGCCCGCUGCUUCGACAUCCGGGUACCCGUACAGACAAAGGGAGGCCUCACGUUCCGCUCCGUCCACCCGUUCAAGUGCAACGCCGACAGCGUGCGCCAGGUGAAAUGGUCCCCCAAGGACGGCUUCUACUUUGCUUGUUCGACGGACCAGGGCGUGGUGUUGAAAUGGGACAUCAGAAAGCACUUGGCUCCCAUUCUGAAGAUCAAAGCCCACGACAAGGGCUGCUCCUCGAUCGCUUGGCAUCCCGAUGGCGAGCACCUCAUGAGCGCCGGGGGGGAUAACAGAUGCCAUGUCUGGGACCUGUCCAAGAACGCCGACAAGAGACAGAAGGCGAAAUGGACCAUCAUCACUCCAGCACCAGCGUCCGUGGUUGUGUGGAGGCCCGGGCAGUGGUCCGCAACCGCACAGGGGAAGCGCGCCGCACAGGUCGCCGUCUCGUACGACGACAGUAGCCAGAAGCGGCACGGUAUCAACUCCGUGCACAUCUGGGACCUCGCGCGGCCGACGAUGCCGUACAAGGAGAUCCAGCGAUUUGACAGCCUGCCCAGCGCCAUGUUGUGGCAUGACCAAGACCUCCUCUGGACGGCCGGCCAGGACGGCCUGUUCAACCAAUGCGACGUUGCCUUUGCUCCCAAGGUGAUCGACCGCCAGACCGUGUCGACCAUGGCCUUCUCUGCCAAGGGCGACGUGCUCAUGUUCAUCGAUGAGAGGGCUCAACCUCACCGACCAAGACUCCACGUGGUUCACCCAGACGUGUUGCCGACAUCCUCUCUCAGUUCCAGCCCUAAUACACCCAUGCUUAGCGUCAGCAGGAGCGAUUCGGAGGACGAAGUCGUGGGCAAUUUCCUUGGCCCGAGACGUCGGGGUGGCGUCCAAAGGAGGCGGCUGAGCACGCGAUCAGCACAGGCGCUUAGCAGCACCCCUCCCUCUGCGUCGGGCAUGGACGAACACCCUCUGCCUCUCGACCAGGCGAUCAACAUAACCGGGAUAUUUCGGUCGCAGCAGGCCUUGGCCGUCGGGCAUGUUCCCGCCGCUGCCAACGUGGAGGUUUACGAAUACUUGUCAGUCAACUAUCUCGAGACCCUGAACCGAGAACUGCCAUAUUCCGACGGCGGUAGGCCCAUGGCUGAGCGGGUCGCCUCCAUCUUGGAGCACUACGCGAAGGCCGCCGAGGGUGUCAGCCAGUUCCGGCUGGCUCAGACAUGGCGCAUUCUGGCUUACGGCAUGGAUCUCCUCCUGAGACGGCGGGCACAGUACCACCACGAGUUCAGGAUGCGCCGCCUUAGGAAGCCAUCCAAGAAGAGCGAGCCGCGCGCAGAAGUCGACAAGCCAAGCAUCCAAGUCCCGGUGGGACCAUCCGAGCCCGAGGAGGUCCCGCGCAAAGUCCAUUCGCCGAGCAGCUUGUCGAAGCAAGGUCACCACCAUGUGAGGUCUAUCCUCUCCGAGGAGAUUGAGAGCACGUCAAAUGUUCCUACCCCGUUGGCGCAGCCCGUUCGGGAAAACGGGUCUAGCAUGGAGAACCACCACGGGCACCCACAUGCCCACCUGCUUAACGUCGAGCCAAUUCCGGAGCCCGAGAGCUUCGCAUUGCCGCCAUCACUCCAGGAGCAUACGGAUGGGCGCCAGCGCCUCGGCUCGAUGCCGCUGUCCACCGCCAGCUUCGACAGCGAGAGCACCCAGGACUCACAGGCAGCCACAGAAGGAUACGACUUUUACGAUACAGAGGCGCUGACAAGAGCCAUUGAUAUGCCGGUGCCCAAAAGGAAGGAGGAGCCGCUGGUGCUCGACUACGUGGAGCCAGGAUCCCCGAGCACCGGCAGGGCACCCGCCCUGCGGCAUGAUUCGGAUGCGAGCUUCAGCCACGCGUUCUCCGUGUCGGAUGACAGCGGAGGAACCAGUGGCCCGGCCGAAUCUUCAAACGGGGCCCCGUCGAAAACGUCAGGGACACGAGAAGUUGCUGAACAUUCGGGGGCUAGUAGCGUUGUUGAUGGAGAGUAUGCGAGCCGCAUUCGAGGAAAGCAGAUGGAGGAAUCUCCGGCACGUAGCCGUCCCUUACAGCUCCGCCAGCCACUCGAGCGGACCGAAACGGGCCUUACUAGUUUCACCGAUGAACACCACAUGAUUACGCAGACCACCUCGGGAAGCCUGACCUCACGCCAGGACGAUUUUCCCACCCAGACAGACACAGCGUUCAGCUUGGGGUCGCCGGAAACACGGCCAUAUUGGCCCGAGCCGGCGGACCCAUUCCCAGAGAACGAGUCUCUGUACAUGGUCGAGACCGAUUAUCUCUACUGGCCAGACGAUCCCCCAUAUCCCCACCCCAUCGACUUAGACACGACCUUCUCCACAAACCGUUCCCCCCCCUUGAACCCCUACACUCUCCUCUCCCGCGCCCUCGAAUUCGAGGUCCGCUCCUCCGCCCUCAACGCCUCGGCCAUCAUCCUCCUCCUGAAACCCCUCGUGCCCGAGGGGGUGAUCGACUCCUUCCAAGCAGCCGCCAUCCUCCGGCAGCACCACUCGCGCCUGAUGAGCAUGCGCCUCUUCGUCGAGGCCGCCCUCCUCCGCAAGCUCUGCCUGCGCGGCUGGCCCGGCGGCGCCCUGCACGGCUGGGGGGAGGACUACCGCGCUAUCUUCGCGCCCGCCCAGCAAGGCGUCCAGGCCGGCCUAUUCUGCCCGGCCUGCCGCAAGCCGCGCGAGUCGACGUCGUCGUCCGGGUCGUCCGUCUGGCGCUGCGAGCGCUGCAGCGCCGUCAUGGGGCCCUGCGCCGUGUGCGGGCACCGGGACGCGACGCCGAUGCCGGGCGGCGACUGCGACGGCGACGAUGCCGAUGACGAUGCCGAUGCCGGAUCACCACCCGCCCUGUCGACGUGGUGGUACUGCCCCGGCUGCGGCCACGGCGGCCACUCGACCUGCCUGCAGGCGUGGCACGCGCCCUCGUCGUCGUCAUCGUCGGACGGCGACCAAGACCACGAUAACAACAGCCACUUCCCCCCCGAGCUGGCCCCCGACUCCGGCGACGGCUGCUGCCCGCUGGACGGGUGCGGCCACGCCUGCCUCGGGGAGACCGAGACUACCUCAGCCGCCAGGGCGGAGGACCUCAGCCGGGCGGUCCGCGAGGCGGUCCGCGCGGGGGGAGGUGGUGGUCUGGCCAAGACUCUCGUCGGGCCGGGGGUAGUGGUCGGGGGCGGUGGUGGUGGCGGUGGUGGUGGUGGUGGUGGUUCCCCCGGUGCGGAGUGGCGGGGCGGCGGCGGGGGGUCCGGGUCCGUGCCACCGGCGGAUCACGUUCGCGGGGACGCGUUCGAGGCGGUGCAGAGUCGGGCGGUGGAUGGGGCGCGUGAGAUGCUUACGGGUGGGAGCGCGGGGAGGGAGGCGGGCGGGGGGAUACUUAGCUCUAGUCCGGGGGGGAGGACGGGGGGCGAGAGGGAGAGGAGGAAGAGUGUCAAGUUUGCAGGGCCGGAGCAGAGGAGGUGA